AUGGCAGGAUCACCCGGACAAAGUCCGAUAAUAAUACAGAAAGAUGGAAAUUCUCUUUCCCAGUUUCAGUGUCCAAUUCUGAAACCAACAAACUAUACGGUUUGGGCUAUUCGUAUCAAGACGAUUCUUGAAGCGAAUGGUUUGUGGGAAACGAUUAAACCGGCAGAAAAUGCAACGGUAGACACUAAGAAAGAUAAGUCUGCAAUUGCAUAUCUGUUUCAAGCAAUACCAGAAGACGUUGUAUUGCAAGUUGCAAAUUGUAAAACUGCAAAAGAGAUUUGGGAUAAUCUAAAGGUUAGACACGUUGGUGUUGAUCGGGAUGACGACACUAUUGAUUCAUUUACCGCAAAGAUUAAUAGUAUCGUUACCCGGGCAACUGAAGUAGGAACGACGUUGAGUCAACCGACUCUAGUACGCAAACUCCUAAAUGGCGUACCGGAUAAGUUUACUCAAAUCGUUGCCUCCAUGGAACAAUACUCCGAUCUAGAAACUAUGACGCUAGAAGAAGCGGUCGGAAAAUUAAAAACGUAUGAAGAAAGGUUAAAGUUGAAGAAAAAGGAAAGCCCCGUGAACAAUCUAGAAGAACUUCUGUAUGCGGGUCAUGGACAACAUGUUGGAAAUCGUGGACGAGGGAGAUUCCGUCCGUCACGAGGCCGAGGGAGAGGAAAUUAUCAACAUAGGGGUGAAGGGCACACCUCUUACAAUUCGGAAGGAACCGACAAACCACAAAGUGAUGAUAGCAAGCAAGAGACACCGACUAUGUGA